AUGACACGUGCCAGGCGACAACGCCUCAAGGAGAUCUUCGCCAGAUACCAAAAGCUGGAUUGUAAAAUUACGCUAGCUGCGAACGAGAAAUUGAAGGCAACCUAUGCGUACUUCAUUCAGAACUACUUCCUGACAUGUGAGGACUAUUACCACGAAGCUGCUGACUACAUGACUGAGGUAUUGGACGGUCACAAAGUCCGCGAACUCCGUCCCGCUACAUAUAACGUAAGUGGUCUCAAUAACUCGGUCAUCGUCGCAUCUUUAACUUGCCGACCUUCGACGGGAGUUGAUUUUGACAAAUGGGAAAACUUUCGCGAUAAAUUUAAAUCUAUGAUCCAUGAUGAUCAGAUUUUAACGAAUGUCGAGCGCCAUGCAUUAUUUGUGUUCAUAUGUAAAAGGCAAGAUGCAAGUAACGCUCUUGACCACCUCGCGAUGACUAAUGAUAAUUUCACUAUCGCGUGGAAUAUUCUCGCUUCUCGAUAUGACAAUAAACGUCGCCUUAUUAUGAUACAUUUACAAUCGCUUUUCAAUUUAUCAUCGCUUUCGACAGAAACCUCCAACGAUCUUCGCGAUCAAACCAAUAAAGCAAUACAAGCUCUGAGCAAUCUCGGUUGCGAACAUUGGGAUGAUUAG